UGACGUCAUUGAUCAGCAGGAGGCGCUAGGAGCACGAGAGCAGAAGAAAACACCAGCGAAGAAGCGGAAGCAGGAAGUGGAGAACCAGGAAGUGGUGAGGAGCGUCGGCAUGGAGGGUGAAUCACGCGACGUGACGGUGACCUCCUCCAACAGGAAAUGCUCAGCCGUCACAGGAAGUGCACGAAAGAUCAGAGACAACAUGGCCGACUGGCACAACCUGAUGCUGAAGUGGGACAAGCUGAACGAGGACGGAUUCAGUGUCGCGUCCAACGUCGUUAACCUGAGACUGUCUCAGAGCAGUCAGCUGUCGUCGUCAUCGGCUCCCACAGGUGGCGCUGCAGAGCUGCAGGACCAAUGCUGCAAACUCCAGCACAUUUUUGACAAAAUGGUGACGAUGGUGGGUGUGGUGACAAAGAUGGAGAAUCUGAUGACAUCACAGCGAGGUCUUCAUGAUCUGGAGGAAUUUCAGUUUGGACCUGAAGGAAGAAAAUGUCCACUGUUUCACACGUGGGACACUAAAGAGUUUGUGGGGGCGUGUCACUUCCUGUGGGAGUCGUUUGUUCAGGAAGUGAAGCUGAAGCAGAUCAUCCUACAGGAAGUGGCUCACACGACCAGCGCUGACCUUUGUGCCGUCUACCUGUCCUGCUGGCUGCAUCAGCCCUUUAACCCCGCCCACACCCGACACAUGCUGGAGGCUCUGCUGCUGGAAACUGGACACCGCCCACUAUGACGUCAUCACGUCUCCUGUUAGCCUAGCUUAGCAUAAAGAAUGGUGAAAUAAACAUUAAGAAACAUUUGCUUUGUUUCCUGAAGAAAAUGACCACAGUGACGAGUUUCACAUCCGUUUAUUGGAGGAACAUGAAAUGUGAUGAUCAAUAACAUUUAUAAAAAGUAAUAAAAUAGUUUUAAACUUUG